AUGUCUGCCACCUUCAUCGCUCCUUUGUCGUCCCUCUCCCGCAAACUCUCAUCCGCUCUCUCCGGGCUAAGAAUCGCCUUCCUCCACCGUCAUCACAUCAAGAUUCUUUCCCUUCUAGAAUCUUGUGAAUCCGCGGAGGAGUUCGCGCAGCUUCACGCCACGAUCAUCCGGCGAGGUGAGGGCGCCGACCGCUUCGUGGCCACGCGGAUGCUGGAGUUCUGCGCCUCCGUGUCUCUGGACAUGUCUACCGCCACCCGGAUUUUCGAUGACCUCGGCCGUCCCGAUAACGUAUACAUGUGGACCGCCAUGAUCAGGGGUUUCAUCAACACAAAGGACCACGUUGAGGCGCUCCGAUUCUACGAUCAGAUGACGAACCUCGGUGUCCAUCCGUACAAGUUCACAUUCGUAUCAAUCCUCAAGGCCUGCACUGCCGUUCGGGACGUGAGGAAGGGGUGCUGUGUGCACGGCAGUGUUAUGAAGGUCGGGCUACAAUCAGACGUGUACCUCCGCAGUGCCCUUGUCAGUCUGUACGGUUGCUGUGGAGAUGCCCACACCGCGUCUCACUUGUUUAUGGAGAGUCUAACGAAUAACUGCGUAGUAUGGAAUUCCAUGAUUUCGGUGGCCUUCGCUAAUGGGGAGAUUGAAAUGGCAAGGAAGCUGUUCGACGAUAUUCCGGAGAGAGAUUCGACCACUUGGAACGCAGCUCUGAACGGGUAUUCUAAACUGGGUCUCAUGGAUCUUGCGAAGGCCGUGUUUGACCAAAUGCCGAACAGGAACUUGGUCUCUUGGAGCUCGAUGGCCGCCGGCUAUGUACAGAGCGGUAGGGCCCGGGAGGCUUUAAAGCUGCUUAAAGAAAUGCUCGCAGCGGGUAUUAGACCAGACGCAGUCACGAUGGCAACAAUGCUCGCAGCCUGUUCACAGCUUGGAGCUCUGGAUAUGGGCAAGUGGAUUCAUGCUUACGUGGACAAGAGCAAUUUGGGAUUUGAUGUUGUGUUGGGAACUUCUCUUGUUGACAUGUAUGGAAAAUGUGGGUCCAUCGGCUUGGCAUUGCAGGUCUUCAAUCGAAUGAAGCACAAGAAUAUUUCCUCUUGGAAUGUGAUGCUGUGUGGACUCGCCAUGCAUGGCUGUGGAGAUCAUGCUCUGGCUCUCUUUAAGGAGAUGGAAUCGACAAACAUUGAGCCCACUGACAUCAGUUUUGUGGGAGUUUUAUCCGCAUGUAGCCACAUUGGAGCUGUGGAAGAAGGCCGCAGGCAGUUCCAUCGCAUGUGUAGCACUUUCAAGAUUUCGCCAAAGAUUGAGCACUAUGGUUGCAUGGUUGAUCUGCUCAGUCGGGCGGGACUCAUAAGUGAGGCAAGAGAUCUCAUAUUGAGUAUGCCAAUGGAGCCAAAUAUGAUAAUUUUGGGGGCUUUUCUCAAUGCAUGCAAGUUACACGGUGAUCUGAGUACUGCUGAGCUUGUUGUGAGACACAUAUCUAGAUUAUUUCCAAGUGAUGUGGGAUGCUAUGUGCUUCUGUCAAACAUCUUCGCUUCAAGAAAUGAGUGGGAUGGAGUCACGAAAAUGAGGAAGAUGGUAAAGGGAAUGGGAGCUGGGAAAAUCCCAGGGUGCAGCUCCAUUGAGGUGGACAGUGUUGUCAAUGAGUUCACUGUAAAUGAUUGGUCACAUCCCAGAUGGAGAGAUAUGUUUGACGUCAUAGACCAGAUGGCUAGACACUUAGAAUCGGAGGGCUAUGAGCAUUGA